GGCGGCAGAACGUGAUUUCCUAAAAGUUAGUCGCGCAAUAUUUCAGAACCCUAUGAAAACCACCCCAAUACCUCUGCUCGCAAAAACCCGCAAACCCUCUCUACCGCCGCUCUGCACCGUCGCUUUUCACUCUUCACCGCCUCUCCCUUGCACCUCUUUCCGGCGGCCUCCCAACCUACGGUAAAACUCUCAGAAAACCACUCCCUCUGCUCGCAAGAAAACUCGUAAAACUCUGCAUCGCCGCUCUGCACCACCGCUCCUCACUCUGCACCGCCGCUCCCUUGCACCUCUUUCUGUCCGCCUCCCAACCUCCUGUAAAACCCGGCUUCCCCACCGCUGCCAUCAAUUCCACGAGUGGUACCGGCUAUCUGAACUUUCUCUUGGAACUGAUUAGUGGAAGAUUGAAGUUGAUAAAACAAGGAGAUUCUUUAUUUUUGACUUGGAUUCCGUACAAAGGGCAAAACACAAAUACAAGGUUGUCUGAGAGAGGUGACUCAGUUGCUACUCAGGCUGGCGUUCUUCAGUUGCUACUCAGGCUGGCUAUUAGCAGGUUUUCAUUUCAUCCAAGGUCAGAGAUUCAUCAGAUAUAGAGACAUGAUGGGACAUCUAUUUGGGAAGAAAAUGUACUUUGUAACAUAGUUUCUUCAAUUUUCAACCUUCAUUUUGGUAAAUAUGGGUUUCAUCCUUCUCUGAGGAAGAGCACUGAAGUGACAGCCAUGAGGCUCCAGUAUUUCAUCAUUUGGGAUGCUCUGACUAUAGAUGGUAUUUUCUAUGUUAUCGACACGGGUUACGGUAAAAUGAAGGUCUACAAUCCAAGAAUGGGUAUGGAUGCUCUUCAAGUCUUCCCUGUGAGCCGUGCUGCUGCUGACCAGCGUGCUGGACGUGCUGGUAGAACUGGGCCCGGCACUUGCUACCGUCUAUAUACAGAGAGUGCAUAUCUGAAUGAGAUGCUUCAUAGUCUUGUUCCUGAAAUUCAGAGGAUAAAUCUUGGUAAUGUUGUUUUGCUUCUGAAAUUUCUCAAAAUUGAGAACUUACUAGACUUUGAUUUCAUGGACCCACCUCCACAAGAAAACAUCCUGAAUUCCAUGUACCAGUUGUGGGUACUGGGUGCCCUUAACAAUGUCGGUGGCUUAACAGACCUCGGUUGGAAAAUGGUGGAAUUUCCGUUGGACCCGCCACUAGCAAAGAUGCUACUGAUGGGUGCAAAGCUUCAUUACCUCGAUGAGGUGUUGACUAUAGUGUCAAUGCUUUCAGUUCCAACAGUAUUCUUCCGUCCCAAAGACAGGGAAGAAGAGAGUGACCUGCUAGGGAAAAGUUCUUUGUCCCUGAAUCGGAUCAAACCCUUCUCAAUGUUUACCAACAAUGGAAAGGCAACGAGUAUCGAGGAGACUGGUGCAAUGAUCAUUUUCUACAGGUUAAAGCUUUACGGAAGGCUAGGGAAGUAAGAUCCCAGCUUAUGGAAAUACUGAAACAACUUAAGAUUACACUUCAUAUGCUGAUUGGGAUAUGGUUAUACAAGCUAUAUGUUCUACAUAUUUCCACAAUUCUGCUAAACAGAAGGGGAUUGGUGAGUAUGUUAACACAAGGAACGGAAUUCCAUGCCAUUUGCACCCUAGCAGUGCUCUUUAUGGAUUAGGGUACACACCAGAGUACGUGGUUUACCACAAAUUGUUGUUAACUACAAAAGAGUAUAUGCAGUUGUGCAAACUUAAUGUGUUGAGUGUGAUUUAAACUUCUUGGGGUUUCUAAGUAUCAGGGCUAGUUUCUUUUCUAGUCUAAAAUCAAAUUCAGAUGUGAUGUGUGUUAAUAUCUAUGUACUCCUGCAGAUGUUAUCCUUGAGCACUAGCAUUGAACUGAAAACAUGCUUUGUCCUGAUAUUCACACAGGCAACAGAGAGGAGCUAGAGAUGUGCUGAAUGAAACCAUAGAAGCUCAUCUCCUCAAGAAGAGACAACUGAACACACACUGGCAGCAUCCUUGAGACCACUGAACACACACUGACAGCAUCAACUGCAUAGAGAUGAGGCUGGAACAACUGUUAUAAAACAGUCGAGCUAGAUGCAGCUCUUGGAGGGAAGGCUGUGCAGCAUAGGCAGCUCCAGGGUUUUGAAUCUGACACAUUUUUGUCGUACUUAAAACCAUGCAUCUUACCUUUAGAGGGUGGAGCUGAAUCUGGAGUUUUGUUGUACUUUGGUCUGCAAAGUUCUUUUUCGAAUUAUUGAAAAUCAAGUGCGCUUGAGCAAGAAGAAUUUCAGGGAAUAUAUUCCGCGGUGCAAGCUGAAGUGCUGCUCCUACUGAUGUGCAGUUGGCUCAUUCAAGAACACCACAGACUUGCACCGAGGUGCUGCUCCUACUGAUGUGCAGCUGGCUCAUUCAAGAACACCAUGGACUGAUUUUCUCUGCUUUAUUACUGAACCAGUACGAAGAAGCUAGGUGAAGGGUAUUGUUGUAAUUUUUUUUUAUUUUUUUCCAUUUCUAUUUUGUAAACGCAUAAAGUAAAUUGUAAAAGAUACAUUAUUUUUUAAUAUACUUAAUACUGGUUUAUGCAAAAAAAAAAUAUAUUUUUU